GGCUGUGGGGAUGACCGAGCAAGAGCUAGACAUCGGUGAAGAAUGAAGGGUUGGUUAUGUAUACUGCUGCUGUCGGAAGCCUUUCUGUUUGUGGUACAGCAGCAGGUAAAUGGAGGUCGCGGUGAUAAUGAGAUCAGUCAACAUCUCAGCAAUGAUGACAGAAGACUAAAUCCACCACAGACAGAUACUCUGACAGAUGAAGUUUCAACUCACAGCCAACAAGACCUGAGCUUCUCUGACAUCCAUGCAGCACUGAGAGAACUGACCGCCACAGUUACAGAGCAGAAAGCCAACAUCAGAGCUUUAGAGACACGACUGAGGGAUGCAGAGAAAACUGCAGAACAACAGACAGUCAUCCUGGAAGAGCUGAACAAGAAAAAUGAUGACAGAGAGAUAGCAUUUUCAGCUGCUCUGAUGGAAUCUGGCGGUGGAGAAAUCGGUCCUUUCACCACAGACAUCACACUAACCUACAGGAACGUCUUCACAAACAUAGGGAACGCCUACAACCCAUUUACAGGUAUUUUCACAGCCCCACUGAAAGGAGCGUACAUGUUCAACUUUUCUGUCUAUGGUCAUUGGAAUCCCUCAAAUCCAUCAACUGUCUCCAUUGUGAAGAAUGGACAGCGGGUGGUUGUAGCACAUGGCCAUCAGGAUCAGUAUGCUGUAAACUCCUCGAAAGGCAUUGUGUUGAUCCUGGAGGUCGGAGAUGUCGUAUAUGUGAGACUAUGGUCUGGAAGGCAGAUAUAUGAUAACGAGCAUAACCACAUUACUUUCAGUGGUUACCUACUGUUUCCAUUAAGAGAACAGGAGGUUUGCAGGAUGUGAUUAUAGUAAAACUGAACCUAUAGCCUAUGAUUGAAGAUGAAAAUCAUCACAUAUGAACCUGUAUUAAUGAUAGUUUACUAUAUGAAAAUCAGUAUAAUAGACUAAACUUGUAAGUUCAGAGCUGUCUUUGCAUGUAACAUUGUAUAAAGAGUUUGAGCACUGUGACAGACGGGACCCAUGAAUAUCACAAGUGAUAAAGUGAUUUUUUAAAGUAGCAAAUCUAGAAUCGCUUUUUAAGUAUCUUAUAACUAAUUAUGUAUCUAUUCAUUCUACAUUAAUAAGAGAAUAAAGAGACAUUAUUGUUCUAUUUUCUUUUUCACAUGAUCUUAAAUAUUUUCCCAACAAACCAGUAGUACAGUAAUAUGUUAGAUCAACAAUGCUUGCUUUGAGGUCAUGA